UUGUGCUAAAUGCUUAUUAAUUAUUAUUGCUAUAAAAAACAAAGGCAGUUAUCUUAGGUAGCUAUACUUAUAGCGCAUCUAUUUGGCAGUGCGAGUGUGGUGAGAGCCCGGGUACACAAAUGUAAGUGUAAAGCAUUAACUUUAUUCGAAAUGUUCUGAAUGACAAGGUGCUGAUGGCAUCCUGGAUCCUGGCAAAGCGAACCAGCGACAAGUAAAAUAUAUAAUUGCUGUGCUACACAUAAUACAUUUAUACGUAUAUAAUACGCACAAGAAGUCAGUCAGCCUCAGCCCUCAGCUUUAGCUACAGUAUACAUACGGCCACCGUAUAUCCUCUCUGAUUAGGGUAGAGGUAGAGGCGUCGCCAGUAGACACCGCUGAUUACAUACAUCAGAGAAGUCAUACACGGCACAGCAGGACGAUGGAGGACGAUCUGCCAACUGAGUACGACGUCAUCGUCGUCGGGACAGGAAUGACAGAAUCUAUUGUUGCUGCUGCAGCAAGUAGAAUUGGCAAGAAGGUUUUGCACUUGGAUAGUAAUGAAUAUUAUGGGGGAUUGUGGGCCACUUUUAAUUUUGAUGGCUUGCAAAAGUGGAUGGAAGAUCUCAAGGCAAGUAAAAAUGAUACCCGGGACUUUGUACCAGAUUUAAAUGAUGGGGAAAAAUUUUUGAUGGCUAGCAACCAGUAUUCCACAGUAAAAAAUAUCAUUGAGGAAUGGUUCAUUUCACGUGACUCUGAUUUACCUGAGGUUUUGUCAAAAGACACACAAACUGAAGGUUCAAGUGAUGCAGCUGUUGAUGGUGUUGAAAAAUCUGAUGAGGAUAAAAAUGACAAGAAAGAAACGAAACACUGGAGCAUAGAUCGCAUAAAAAAAGAGUACAGAAAAUUUAACAUUGAUCUCGCACCCAAGCUUCUUUAUGCUAGAGGUGACCUGGUGGAGUUAUUGAUAUCAAGCAAUAUCGCUCGUUAUGCAGAGUUCAGAGCAGUGUCCAGGGUUGCUACCUUCAUGGAUGAUAAACUUACUCAGGUUCCAUGCUCUCGAGCUGAUGUGUUUGCCAAUAAAACUGUCAGUGUUAUUGAGAAGAGAAUGCUUAUGCAGUUGCUUACAUCAUGCAUGGAUCAAGGAGUUGAUAGUCCAGAGUUUGAUGGAUUCCGUGACGCAACGUUUUUAGAAUAUUUGAACACCAAAAAUUUAACACCAAUUGUUAAGCAUUACGUCAUGCAAGCCAUAGCUAUGGCCACUAAUAAGACAUCUUGUAGGGAUGGAGUCAAUCGUACAAAACACUUCCUCAACAGCCUUGGACGUUAUGGCAACACACCUUUUUUGUGGCCUAUGUACGGUAGUGGAGAACUACCACAAUGUUUCUGCAGAUUAUGCGCUGUUUUUGGUGGAGUAUAUUGCUUGAAACGUCACCUGGAUGGUGUUGCAGUGAGUGACGAUAAAUGUAAAGCUAUUUUAACUGGAAAACAAAGGCUAGCCCUGGAGCAUCUUGUUGUUGGGCAAGGUCACUUGCCCCCAGAAAUUGUUGCCUCAACUGGAGAAAAUGAAAUUUCUCGUGGUAUUUUUAUAACCGAUAGAUCGAUUAUGCAAGGAGAGAAAGAAAAUUUGACUCUUCUGUACUACCCACCAGAAGAAGCUGGUCAAGAAGCGGUCACGAUUAUUGAACUAGGGCCUUCAACAAAUGCUUGUCCACAAGGACUUUACAUGGUUCAUAUGACAUGCAAACGUACGAAAACAGCUAAAGAAGACUUGGCUUACGUUGUUGAAAGAUUUUUGCAUGCCCAGACUCUGGAAAAAAACGUGUCUCGUACACCAACAGAUUCGCACACACAAACUUUCUCUACUGAUCAGCAAUCAGCUGAGAAAAGCGACAAAGAAAGUAAAGAAGAUACUGCCGGAAUUCCUAUGCCUCAAGUAUUAUGGGCUUUGUACCUCAAUUUACCAGCUAGUGAUAUUAAACUUAACGAUUCAGCUCCAAGCAAUAUUCACUUGUGUUCUGGUCCUGACCUAGAUUUAGAUUUUGAUUUCGCUGUCAAUCAGGCAAAAGAAAUUUUCAAAGCUAUGUAUCCAAGCGAAGAUUUCUUGCCACGUGCCCCAGAUCCAGAGGAAAUUGUUCUAGAAGGUGAGGAGGCGCCUGGUCCAAAAUUUGAAGGUGAUAAUUUGUCAGGAGAAAACGAGAAGCAAGACUCAGAAAAAGCUGAAAAAGAAAAAUAAGCGUACAUGAAAGAAGAAUAUUCUACUUAUUCUACUUGCUUAAUUACACUUACCGCAAGUUUUAACACUGAAAAUUCUAUUGAAUUAAGUCAGUUUAUUUUAAAUCCUUACUUGUGAUUUUACUUUGCAAAGUUGUUUUUUAUGCUUUAAUUAAUUAAAAAAUACAAUCAGGAAUUUGUAUUACCACUGUGAAUUUUGCAGGACCACGGUCUGCAGCUUUACUAUCUCCAUAUUAUUAUUACAAUAUGUAUUUUGAAUGUAAGUUCAAGAAUUACUAGAGAAUGGAGUAUCAUGUCACACUUCAUAUCAUAUAUUAAUAUAUAUAUUUCUCUAAGUUCACAAAAUCAUGGGUUAAAACACUAGUUUGCAGUGACGUUUAUGUAAUCGCAUGCUUUUACUUAUAUUUUCGCUAAGAAAAAAAAAUCUUUCCAAGCUUCGACUUGAAAAAGCACAUUUUGUAUUCUUUAAUGUGAACAAAUAGGUUGUUACUAACUUACUUAUUAGUUUCUUUAAAGAGUGAUCAGCGACUUUGCUAUAAACAUUUUUACAAUCUGUUGAGUUAUUGAUUUUCGAAUAUUUAAGUUUCACUUUGUUUUGUACACUUUUUGCAUCAGAAAUUUGUCAUCUCAGUAUAAUUAGGUAUUUAAUAAAUGGACAUUAUUUCACCCUGAUUGAAAAAAUAAAUUCAAAAUGAAUAUUUGCCUUAUACAUAAUUCUAACUAAAAAGCAUUACCAUAAUAUUACAUACUCUGUGAAGAGUAGACAUAAAAUGUAUUUAUUUACGUUUCCUAAUUAUUAAUAUUUUAGUUACAAGUUGCAAAAAUUUUCAAAGGCUGUGAGAAAGUAGAGUGUAAAAAAUGAAUAGUUCUUAUGUGAUGAGAACUUUUAGACUAAAGAGUUAAUACCGUACAGCAAGACGCUGAUCACUCCAUCACCUAUUUUUAUUUCUCAUUUUGUUUGUUGAAGAUAAAUUCCAAAGAAUUUUAAAAGUACAUGAGGAAAAAAAAAAGAAACAAAUGCUUCAGUGUUACGCAUGAUGAAUACAACUAAGAUUUAAUUUUGUAUUCUGUAGGCAUUCCAAACUUCUUUUCUGUCUCCAAAAAGUACUUUACUUUUACUGUGAUUUUUUGCACUUCGAAACAUAUUAAGCAGUUUGCUUGUAUGAUUUUUAAAUUAUUUAUUGUAUCAAAGAAUGAAUUUUCGUCGGUAUUCAAUUAUGAUUUAUAAAUAAUAGAGCGCAAAUUAUUUAUAGGAGUUAUGUCGUAUAUUUUUACAAAGUGCAUCGAUUUUGACUUACUUUGUAACAUGUCCAAGUACCGCAUUUUUUAAUAAUAAACAAACGUGACGACGA